CACGUGGACCUAUACCCAUUGUAUGUUUCUAAAUCUGCAGGAGGAACUCUGCUAUGGACGGAUCCAGUGAUUGCUCUGCUAAGCUGAGCAAGGAGGAGAUAGGCAGAUAUGGGAGACAGUUGAUCUUGCCAGAAUGGGGAGUCAAAAGUCAACUGCUGCUCAAGUCAACCUCAGUUUUGAUAGUUGGUGUGGGUGGUCUGGGCUGUCCUGCUGCUCUCCAUCUAGCUGCAGCUGGUGUAGGGCACGUUGGACUGCUCGACUACGACAGUGUGGAGCUAAGCAACUUGCAUCGCCAAGUCCUGCACACUGAGCAGAGAGUGGGCGUACAAAAAGCAGAGUCAGCAAAACUAUCCAUCCACAGUCUUAACUCCUCUGUACAAGUGUCCACUCACUGCUGUCUACUCUCAAGAACUAAUGCUCUCGACCUGCUCAAAUCCUAUGAUGUCAUACUGGACUGUACAGACAAUGUGGCCACUCGUUACCUGCUCAAUGAUGCAUGUGUGUUGCUACAGAAACCGCUCGUCUCUGGAAGUGCUCUAAGGUUCGAGGGUCAACUGACAGUUUACGGCUACAAAGGAGGGCCAUGUUAUCGUUGUCUCUUCCCCACACCUCCACCCCCUCACACUGUCACUAACUGCUCGGAGGGGGGUGUGCUUGGUGCAGUGCCUGGGGUUAUUGGAACAAUGCAAGCAACAGAGGCCAUCAAGAUUGCAACACAAAUUGGCAAUCCACUCUCAGGUCGGCUGCUCAUGUAUGAUGCCCUCAUGUGUACGUUCAGAACCAUCAAGCUCCGCCCCCAACAACCACAGUGUGUCGUGUGUGGGGAGAACCCUUCAAUUAAAGAGUUGAUUGAUUACGAGUUAUUCUGUGGAUCACGAGCUGACGAUAAAAGUUGCCACGUCAGCAUCUUAAGGGACGAAGAGAGAAUGUCUUGCAAAGAGUAUAUGGGUGUGGUCAAGUCAUCACGGACACACCUACUUUUAGACGUUCGAGAGCCAGUGGAAUUUGAAAUAUGUCAUCUCCCAAAAUCUCUUAAUUAUCCUCUCCGCUCUCUUGAGAGUGAUCCUGUGAGUAACUGCCGAGAACGGUUGUCAUGGAUACUCGAGCAACAAUCGUUAGGCGAUCCAGUACUUGUGUGUGUUGUUUGUCGUCGUGGAAACGACUCUCAACUUGCGGUUCGAAAACUAAAAGACCAAUCAGAUUCGUUGUUUGGUGCUGUUGCCGUGGAGAUUAAGGACAUUGUCGGUGGUUUAACAGAAUGGUCAAACACUAUAGAUCAAACUUUUCCCAAGUAUUAGCUCGUUCGUUUAUUACACUUGUGUCAUAUAAUUGUUAGCAAUAUCAUCUAUGAAGAGGUUUGGAAGAUUUAAACCACCCAAACUCAUGUAAAAUAUAUCCAUUCAUCACUGUUUUGUCAUUUGGAA